AAAUGGCGUCGCUGGCAGGAAUCAAGUUGGAUGAAGACGGAAAUUCCUCGUUUGCUACAAAUUGUUUUCCUGUUAGACAUUUUUCCAGCGUAGAUGAUGAAGCUGGUGGUGCAUGGUAUGUAUCACAUCGAGCUGAACAGAGGCGUAGGUUUAAGGCUGUAUUAUGUACCAAACCGAGAACGUACUCUCGCAUCAAAGAGGAGAGAAAGAAAUCAGAGUUGGAAGGAAAGAGUAUAACAGAAUGUAAACUUGAUGUCGAGGAAGAAGAUGAUGAGGAUGAAGGACCUAUUUUAGAUGGAUUUUUCUUGAUGAAACAUUGUUGUGUAGAAGAUCCAAGUGAUCUCUGUUCUGUAAAUAUUUCUGGGCAAGGUUUUACAGAAGUUAAAGAAGAUGAUCUAGUGUUGUUUGAUAAUGUGGCGUAUGUUAAUGCUGCUGAAAAUUACCUCCCUUUUGAGGCGUUCCGAGGUUUUCCAAUCUUGAGGGAAUUAGAAGUUCCAUUAAAUGGUUUGAGAAGUUUACAAAUAAAACCAACAGAUUAUAUUACAUUAGAGUUGCUAGACCUAUCAUAUAAUAACCUAUCACAAGAAGAUAUCCUGUUAGUGGGAACAUUACCCCAUUUAAAAGUUUUACAUCUAACUGGUAAUGGUUUUACCAAUAUACCACAUGACCUGUGUUUACCCUUCGUACCAGAGGGGCGUAAAAGUCAGUAUCCAAGAUUUCCCUACCUAGAAGUUUUGAUGUUAGAUGAUAAUAAACUCUCUGAUAUCAACAUUUUCGCGGCUAUGGCUGGAUUACAACGUUUAAAACAUCUCAAUCUAGAGAAGAAUCAGAUUUUUUUCGUACCUCAGUUGAAGUCUGUUCAAGGUAAAAUGAAACCCGAUGAAAAGCUGACAUCACCUCGAAAGAAACGGAAAACUCCUCGCGAGGGAAGAUCAAGCAGACGGUCAAAGUCUCGAAUGUCAAGUGCAAAUGCAAAACAAUCAACAGAAAACAUUACAGACGCUACUCAACAAGAGGAGAGCACUGAAGUUCAAGAUCACCAAGGGGAAGUAACUGAGUCUGGUGCUGGUGUUGAGACCAAGCCUGAAGAAAUCAAAGUAGAAAAUGAGGAAGUGACAGAAGAGAAACAAGAAGAAAUACAAACACAAGAUCCUCUCAUCAGCAACAAAAAUGAGUUGCUAGAUGAGGAUUUUGAGCUGUCUCUGGGAGAUCUGUCAGCUAGAAUCAAUGAUUUAAACCUAGAAGCUGAUAUCAAUCCACGAACACCCUCCACCAUUCGGAAACCAAAAUUAGAACCAGCAUCUCAAAUAGCUUUCCCUGAAUUACGUUAUCUUAGUCUAGCUUAUAAUCAAAUUUGUAAUGAAGAAGCCUUACUGGCUGUAGCUGCCUGGCCGAUGUUAUCUGAACUGGUAUUUCAUGAUAACCCUCUAACUACAGAACAUGUCGGAGCUCCUCCAUUACUUAAACGAUUUCUACACGAUAGAUUGGGCAUUAAGCUAGUCAGGAAGAGAGUGGCUCCCUCUAUCAAAAAACACGUCCAGAUUUCAGACAAGCCGUCAAGAAGAGUGAAAACACAAGUACCAAAGAUUCCAAGGCCGACAGUCGAGCAGCGUUUGAUGUUAGAGGCUCCGAAACCUCCACCACCUGGUCUCAUGAAAGACGAAGAACGUCCAUCCACUAGCUACAAAUCACCUCUUCCACCAAUCAACAAGCAACAAAGAUCUGCAUCUGCUGGUGCAUUGCCAAGACGACGAGAAGAAGCAGACGCGGGACCUUCUGAUGCCUGGUCGUCCGAUGUUGGAGAAGAACUUGAAGCAGAUACAUUCUUCAUGACCCAGGUUGAUGAUCAGGAGGAAGAGAAAGAUUCCAGACCACCAACUAAACUCAAACCUAGUAAACCUCUAGAUAAACGUUACCAUGGUUACGAAGAACUGUUCGAAGGCGAUGAUGAAGCUGAGUUUGAAGAAGAUAAAGUGUCAAAAGAUAUACAGAGUAAUGUACGAGCUCUACGAUACGCGUUGAAUCAUCAACUAGUUUAUCGUGAUACCAAAUCAUUACAGCUACAAUCUGUUACUAAACCUGUUAAAGCUUACAGAAGACACCCCCUGCCUCCAUCCCAACCCAAACCAUCAAAAGAAGAGAAGAUUGAGAGUAUCCUAGAGAAUCUUAGAAACAGAACAACAGUAGAUGAAGCCAGUUUAAAACAAGUGUUGAAAAAUAAGAAAUUAAAACAUAAAUUCCCAGAGGCAGAAACCUUGUUGGCUCAGAUACAACAUAGGUAUAAUGCUGUACGAGUUACAUCAAUGAAAGAAGCAAAAGAUGCACGAAAAGCCGUCCAAGAUACAUUGAGUGAUAUCAGCAAGAGGUCAGGGGUCAAGGUCUCACACUGACCUUGAACCUUGACCUUGAAGUACAUGACCUUGAACUGUGUCAUACCUUAAUUGAUCACUAAGAAACCUUACCAGCUCGUCCUACUGGCUAAGUCAAGUUCUUUCAAAUCAAAACCGUUAACAUUAAACCAUGGGGAUAUGUACCUUAAAUUUUUAAGUUAUGGACGUGGCUUUGGGGAUGUAAAACUGUGAAUAACCAAUAGUAUUGUAUAUAUUAAUGUGAUAUUGUAGAAGUAUUAAUUGAACUGUGAUAGAAUUAUAAGUAUUGUAUUUUAAACCAUUGUAACUGUAUCUGUGAUUAAACCUAAAUCAGCAUUACAAUUAUUCAGUAUUUUAUUUUAAGACCAGUUUUUUUAAAAAAAAAAACUAAGCCAAAGUUUUAUUGCAAGUUGAACGAUUUCAUAUUUUAAGAAAAUGUAUAAUAUUUGAAUGUUAUUGUGAAUGUAAACUGUUGAAACUGUACGAAGUAUUCUUCAUUGUAUUUUGCUAUUUGAUAUUUAUGAUAUACUGUUACAUGUUGAAGCCAUGGUGAGGCCAAAAUAAGGUGGUUAUCUACUGCUGAUUUUGAUAGUAAGCAAACUUUUAAAGCCAAAUUAUUUAUCUUACUAUGUUAUAUUGUGUGAUUCAAACAAACUGCUGAAGGAAAGGUUUAAGUAUUAUUGUCAAUUCCAUAUUCAAUCUGAUUAAAACAUAAAGUCAACAUCAU